CCCGCCACCACCAACUUCCCUAGCACCUACAACAUCCAAACCACACCCCUCUCCAUUUUCAUCCCUCUUCAACCCGGGCCAUGUUUGCCCUGGAAUGCUGACCUGCUCUUCUUCACGACGCUUUUCACCCUAUCUCUCCCCCACGACCGCCCUCCGCUCAAGACGGACCCUAUCCGGUCGCAUCAAUCCAUCGACUCUACAUUUCCCUCGCCCAGCAUUGCCGGCCUCACCCUCUUCCACAGCCUCAGUCUUCCGCACGACUCCCCACUGCUUCACCUUACCGACAUCCCAAUAUUCUACCAUUACACACCUACCAGUCCUCCGCGCCAGAAAUUCGGCCCUGAAGACCUCCAUCGGAUAUUGUCCGCAACGCACCACUCGUCUUCAGGCAAUUACAGGCGACGCGGACACCAUGGACGAAUACCGGUUCCCCGACAACCGUCUCAAGAAGAAGAUGGAUGACCCAUCCAAAACACCCCUGCUUCUUGUUGCCUGCGGUUCCUUUUCGCCCAUAACCUUUCUCCAUCUUCGCAUGUUUGUCAUGGCCGCAGAUUAUGUCAAGCACAACACGGAAUAUGAGAUGAUCGGUGGAUAUCUGUCCCCUGUGUCAGAUGCUUACAAGAAACAAGGCCUGGCACCUGCCGAGCACCGUGUUGCCAUGUGCCAAUUGGCCAUCGAUAAAGCCUCCAACUGGCUCAUGGUCGACACCUGGGAGGCCGAAAAGAAAGAAUACCAACCAACGGCUAAAGUCUUGGACCAUUUUGACCAUGAAAUUAACACAUUGCGAAAGGGGAUCGACACAGGUGAUGGGUCCCGGAAACGGGUGAGCAUUGCUCUUCUUGCCGGCGCAGAUUUGAUUCAAACCAUGUCCACCCCCAAUGUGUGGAGUGACAAAGAUCUCGACCACAUCUUGGGCCGCUACGGCACCUUUAUCAUUGAGAGAUCCGGAACCGACAUUGACGAGGCCUUAGCCAGUCUUCAGAAUUAUCGUGACAAUAUCCAUGUCAUCCAACAGCUCAUCCAGAAUGAUGUCAGCAGCACCAAGAUUCGCCUGUUUCUGAGACGUGGCAUGAGCGUCCAGUACUUGAUCCCAGCACCCGUGGUGGAGUACAUUGAGCAGAACCAUCUCUAUGGCGACGAAGGACGAGCCUCUAGCACAACAUCAAUCGCUCAAGAGACAGACAAAGGCAAGGCCAAAGAAUCCUCCUCAGCCAGUUGAUCGUAAUCUGGCUGCAUUUGUUAAAAACCCCCAAAUAUUGACGUCGGAUGGCCUACUAAGGUCAGACAUAUUGAGUCGGCUGAUCACUUACCGAACAACGACGAUAAAAUCUGAAGAAGGGGUGGGAUGCCCACCAAGAAGCGGCCGGCACCACAAUCAUGAUACCCCGAUCACGUCGGCUUCAGGACGGAUGAUAUACGAGAGACUUGAAUGAUUCAUGACCCAAGUCACAAGGCCAGAGACUGAUGGGAUGGACACGGGGCUAGGACACGGUCGGAGUACUGGUCCUCUUUAAUUGCUAGCCAAGCCAUUGAAUGCGUUGCUUUGCGUGGCGAUUGUGCACAUAUCGAAGAUUACCCACACCAAGGGGUGAAGCCCGGGGAGAAACCUAGAUCUUCUCCCAAGCCAAGGAUGAUGGACUUUUCGUUUGGUCGUGUCCAAGACCAUAUGACACGCCGAUGGGCGGCACCAUAUAUUACAGGCCGUCUGUCCUGGCCAAGGUGGCAAUUAAGGGGAACUAGAACCCCUUCAUAAAAGUACAUAUUCGGUUUGGAUAUCUGCAAAACAUAGGUUGGGUUCGUAGAUUGCACAUAUGA